CACGAUCGGAACGAUGAUCUUGGGUCUCGGAGUGGGCGCCUUCUUGUGGAACCCCCUUGCCGGAGCCAUCGGUCGUCGCCCUACCUACCUCAUCGCCUGGGUCCUCUUCCUCGCCUUCACCUUCUGGAAUGCCUUUUCGCCCACCUUGGAGUCCUUCUUCGCAGCCCGCUUCUUUGCCGGAUUCGCAGGAUCGGUAACGCAGUGUCUGCCCGUCGCAUCCAUCAUUGAGAUGUACCGACCUCAAUGGCGAGGAACCGCCAUUGGCCUCUGGAGUCUCUUCCUCACCUUGGGUCCCCCUACCGCCCCCAUCAUCGGAUCAGCAGUGACCCUCAGCCACAAGUGGCAAUACGUCUACUACGUCGACUUGAUCUUUGCCGGCGUGGCCUUGAUCAUGCUCAUCUUCCUUUGCCCAGAGACCAUGUACAUUCCACCCUCCCAAGAGGCCCUUCGAGAGGCAAUGGGCUCACAGCACGGCGAAUACUCCAGCGGCAUCGCCAAGCCAAACUCCAACAUCGAGGACGACCAGGAGAAGAGCGACCCCCUCUAUGUCGCUACCGAUGACAGCAGCUCCGCUCGACCGCCCAUCUCUGGAAGGAUUGGAAUGCUCUACAACCCUCUCAAGGAGCCAAAGCGCUUCAUCAUCGCAGCACUGCUUCCCCUGCGUCUGAUGGGCUAUGUCACCAUGAGUCUGCCCGCCCUAUACGGCGCCAUCGUCUUUGGCUGGGGAGUCGGCUUUACGAUCUUGAUCCCUCAAAGUGUGGCCAGGCCGCCAUACCUUUUCUCAGGAAUGAUCCUCGCAUGUUGCUACAUCCCCUUUUUGGUUGGUUCCCUCUUGGGCAAGAUCCUGGGUGGAGUAGGCUCUGAUUGGACGAUGGCAUUCAUGGCUCGUAGGAGUGGCGGUGUGCGCCAGCCCGAGCACCGCAUCUGGAACUUGUUCCCGGGUGUCAUCCUCUCCUUUAUUGGUCUGAUGGUCUAUGGCUUUGGCUUUGGCCAUUACAUGGCCUGGUGGGUGCCCGUGGUGUUUGGAGUGGGUAUCUACUACAUCGGUGUCGUCUCUUUGACUGGCGCUAUCCAGGCGUACCUCAGCGACACAGCGCCUGCGGUCGGCAUCGCAUCUGUCCAGGUCUACAACUUCUUCAAGACUGUAUGGUCGUUCGGAAUUCCAUUCUGGAUUGCCGAGCUGGUAGGUCUGGAGAGCUGGGCGAUGGGAGACGGGUCAAUGAUGGUGACAGGCAAUGUCGCCGAAGCGGUCAUUGUCUUGGUCUUCGGCCUGCUACUCUGCGUGGGGCUGAUCUUGUUCGGAAAGAAGCUGAGGACAGCCCAGAAGCUGGGGAUGUAAUCGGUCCACAGGUUGUAGCGUCAUUGUCAUCUCUCUUUGUCUUCAAUGUAUCCAGCAGGGUGUCCCCAUUGUACGCAGCAGACUG